AUGGAGCCAACGUGCAGAAAUACUCCGUCGGAACGGCUAAGCCGAGCAGCCGCGGAAGGGAACGUAGCCGAAUUGCGAAGGCUGCUGGACGGUGGCGCCGACCCCAACGGGCUAAACGUGUAUGGCAGGACCGCGAUUCAGGUCAUGAAACUGGGCAACCCCCAAGUGGCUGAGCUGUUGCUGGAGAGAGGAGCGAAUCCCAACGUGCCGGACCGUUCCACAGGCUCCCUGCCGGUCCAUGACGCGGCCCGCGAGGGGUUUCUGGACACUUUGCAGGUACUGAUCGCCGGUGGAGCUCGCCUGGACCUGCCGAACUACUACGACCGUCUUCCUCUUGACGAGGCUGCAGAAAAUGGGCAGAACCACGUGGUCCAUUUCCUCACCCAGCGUCAAGGGGACAACGCUUAG